GCUGCACCAUGAACCUGGUACUCUUUCGUCGCUCUCUCUGAUUCCCACGAGAAAGUGCGAGCCGGAACCUCCUAUAUACUUCCGUUUCCGGCCCUCUUUCUUUCUUUCCUUGCCGAUAACGCUGCCGCAAACAUGGUGAACGUUCCUAAGACCCGCCGGACGUUCUGUAAGAAAUGUGGCAAACACCAACCCCAUAAAGUGACACAGUACAAGAAGGGCAAGGAUUCUCUGUAUGCACAGGGAAAGCGGCGGUAUGACAGGAAACAGAGUGGCUACGGUGGGCAGACCAAGCCAAUUUUCAGGAAAAAGGCUAAAACUACAAAGAAGAUUGUGCUGAGGCUUGAGUGUGUUGAGCCUAACUGCAGAUCUAAAAGAAUGCUGGCUAUUAAGAGAUGCAAGCAUUUUGAACUGGGAGGAGAUAAGAAGAGAAAGGGCCAAGUGAUCCAGUUCUAAGCUUCAUCAUUUGUUUUGUUAUGAAGAUAAUAAAAUGUUGAGGUUAUCUUCGCUUAAUUUGGUUGCAUUUGGUGUUCUGGGAAAUUUGUGAUUAUGGUUUAGAGUAUUACAUUUUGACUGAUUGA